AUGCCUGGAAAGACGGUGCAUGGGUCUGGGGCAGGUCUGGAGCAGGUCUGGAGAGUGGCCAUCAGGAGGCCAGAGUGGUACAGGACCAAGGUUGACACCCUGACUCUGAACAGAUGGGCAGGAGCUGAGGCAGCAGAAGGACAAAGCGUCAGGAAGAGCACGUCAGCGGGGGUCUCCUCGCCUCCGGGGCUGGAGAUGACGGAUGGGACGUGGGUGAACGGCAGCCUGGCCGGCCCCUCGCCGGGACCCCCUCUGUUUUUGUUCAUGUUCAACGACAGCGAUCUGAACGAGACGCUGUUCAACUCCACCAACGCCACCGACCUUGAGAUCCCCUCAGGGCCCAGCGUGGCAGGGGUCCUCAUCCCACUCAUCUACAUCAUCGUGUGCAUCAUCGGCCUGGGGGGAAACACUUUGGUGAUUCACAUCGUUCUGCAUUACUCCAAGAUCGAGUCGGUGACAAACAUUUACAUAUUGAACUUAGCCAUUGCUGAUGAGCUCUUCAUGCUCGGUUUACCCUUCUUGGCAGUGCAGAACACACUGCAGUCGUGGCCGUUUGGCUCCUUCAUGUGUCGCCUUGUCAUGACUGUCGACUCCAUCAACCAGUUCACCAGCAUCUUCUGCCUCACCGUGAUGAGCAUCGACCGCUACCUUGCUGUCGUCCACCCGAUUCGCUCCUCAAAGUGGCGCCACCCUCAAAUAGCCAAAGUGGUGAACAGUACAGUGUGGGCUCUGUCAUUUCUCGUUGUCCUGCCCGUCGUCAUCUUUGCCAACAUCCAGAAGGCCGGAGGGACUUGUAACAUUGCCUGGCCUCAGCCGGCAAACAUCUGGCGAGCGGCUUUCAUCAUCUACACCUCCACUGUAGGCUUCUUCUGCCCCCUUCUCAUCAUCUGCCUCUGCUACCUACUCAUUGUUUUCAAGAUCCGCAGCUCUGGGAAGAAAGUCCACGCCACCUCCACUAAACGAAGGAAGUCUGAGCGAAAAGUCACACGCAUGGUCGUUAUCGUCGUAGCGGUGUUUGUGUUCUGCUGGUUGCCAUUCUACGCCCUCAACAUCCUCAACCUCCUGGUGUCCCUGCCUUCAGAGUACCAGGGGCUUUAUUACUUCGUCGUCGUACUCAGCUACGCAAACAGCUGCGCUAACCCUAUCGUCUACUGCUUCCUGUCAGACAACUUUAAGAGGGGUUUCCGGAAAGCGCUCUGCCGCUCCACGAGGAAGGUGGAGAACCACGAACCCAUGGAGCGGCAGCAGCAGCAGGAGGAGGGACGGACGGCGCUCAUGCCAAGGGAGAGCCUGAGACGGGCCAUCAGGGACGAAGACGAUGAGGAGGACGUCUCAGAAAUGACAGAGAUCUAUCGAAUCGCCCAAAACGGAAACAGCAGCUUUCAGCCGCAGAAUUCGCAGCCUCCAUUCUCAGAGAAAGAAGAAACACAAGGAAUGACCGAACCAUCAACCCCGGAAGAGAAGGACAUGGGUGGAGUCUUGAAAGGGGCUGAUCAAGUCAAUGGGUCCUCAUUGACCGUUCCUCUCCUGCUCAAUGGGACGAAGAAUGGGAGCAUUAAAACUCUACCAGAGGAAACCCAGGACCAGAGCAACUCACUGGAGAUCAGCUACUUAUAA